AUGCAGUUUGUGAAACAGCCCCAGAUGUCGAUCCUGGUCAAUGAACAAGAGGAGGACAUGCUUAGCUACAUGAUCCAUUUGGGGGUGGAGGAAAUCAAGCAUCCCAAAAUCUGCUACGGGAUCUUGCUGUUCUUCGGGAACAAAUCCUGCUUCUGGAAAAAUGUGGUUACCAAGGAAUAUCUCGUUAACAUUACUGAAUACAGAGCACCUCAUUUCACUCCAGUUCAAUGGUAUCAGGAUUAUGAGCAUGAGGCCCACAGCCACCCCCACCAGAACAGCAGUCUUAACUUCUUCAACUGGUUUUCUGACCACAACUUUACCGACUCUUACACGAUUGCUGAGCUCAUCACUGAAGACCUGUGUCUCACUCCCUUGUGCUACUAUACAAGAAUGAAGGCGCCUGCGGAAGAAACAGAGGACAGGAAAGUGUGCACCUUCUCCCACCACCUGCUUGGCGGCAACUGUCAGUGUAACCGAUAUUCCACCCAAUAG